CUCUAAAGGGUUUUCCUGGAAGAGAGAGAAACCCCAAAAUUUUAGAGAGAGAAGGGAACGAGGGAAAUUUUGAGAGAGCAAGCGAUAGAGUGAGAAGAUAGGGUUCAUAGUUUCGCCCUUCAAGAAUCCUCAUUUGAUUCAGUUUCCACGGAGAAAGCCGGCCACUGGACGGGUUUCUUUACUGGAUCUGCAAGUUGGUGGAAGUUCAAUUAGAGAUCCGACCGAUUUCUGUCAAUUUCCGAAGCCCGUGGCAAGAAAUUUUGCUUCUCUUUUUUUCUCGUGGGUUUUAAGCUAGGACUUUACUCAUGGAAAACGUGGAGAAAACGAAGCCAUCAGCUACAAAUAGUUGUCAUACAGAUGGUGGAACAGACACUGCUGACGUUCAAUUUUCAGGAUUGUGUCAGAAUGGACUACAUCUGGAUGAGAAUUGUUUUAAUCAAGCAUUGAAGUUAUUUAGAGAGACGAAGCACCUUUUGGUUGCAAAUAUAUCAGCAAUUGGGAGUGGACUUCCUGAAGAAGCCGAACGUUUUUGGUCUGCCUUUGUUUUAUAUUCUGUGAAGAGGCUGAGAGAUAAGAAUUCAGAGAGUUCACAUCAGGGAUCUGAGAACAACAGCUUCACUUUAUGCCACAUAUUGAGAGUUUGCAAGCUGAACAUUGUAGAAUUUUUUAAAGAGCUGCCUCAGUUUGUUGUUAAAGCUGGUCCAGUAUUGAGUAAUCUCUAUGGUGCAGACUGGGAGAAUAGACUAGAGGCAAAGGAGUUGCAGGCUAACUUCGUGCAUUUGAGCCUCUUAAGCAAGUAUUAUAAGCGUGUCUACCGAGAGUUCUUCUCCACCAAUGAUGCUAAUGUUGAAAAGCAGUCAGCUAUAUCCUGCCCUGCUGGUUACUUAUCUGAUUACCAUCGUUUUGGAUGGUUAUUGUUUUUGGCACUUCGUGUACAUGCUUUCAGUCGUUUUAAGGACUUGGUGACUUGCACUAAUGGUUUGGUUUCCAUUUUGGCUAUUUUAAUUCUUCAUGUUCCAGUUCGUUUCAGAAACUUCAGCAUUCUUGACUCUGAACGCUUUGUUAAGAAAGGUGUAAAAGGAGUGGAUCUCCUUGGAUCACUAUGUAAUGUCUAUGACACCUCAGAGGAAGAACUGAGGGAAGUUAUGGAGAAGGCAAAUAGUUUGAUAGAAGAUAUUUUGAAGAAGAAGCCUCGUUUGGCUUCUGAGUGUAACAGUAAAAGCUUGGAGAAUAUUGACACUGAGGGUUUGAUAUACUUUGGUGGCUUAAUGGAGGAGUCAUCUCUUUCAUCCAGUUUAGAAAUUCUUGAAAAGGACUAUGAAGAUGCAAUUUGUAAUAAAGGUGAGCUUGAUGAGCGGGUAUUUGUUAAUGACGAGGACAGUUUACUUGGGUCAGGUAGCUUGUCAGCAGGUGCUGUUACAAUGGGUGGCAUCAAGAGGAAGUUUGACUCAAUGUGCUCACCUGCAAGGACAAUAACCAGUCCAAUGUCUCCACUUCGCUCUCCUGCUUCACAUGCCAAUGGCACUCUAAAUAGUGGUAACGCCAAACUUGCUGCCACGCCUGUUAGCACAGCCAUGACAACGGCAAAGUGGCUCAGAACUGUUAUUUCCCCACUUCCCGCAAAACCUUCAGCAGAAAUGGAGCGCUUUUUGGCUUCAUGUGAUAGGGAUGUAACUAAUGAUGUAGUCCGCAGGGCGCAUAUUAUACUUGAGGCCAUAUUUCCAAAUAGUGCUCUAGGAGAGCGCUGUAUCGCUGGAAAUUUACCAAGUGCAAACCUCAUGGAUAACAUCUGGGCAGAACAGCGACGACUAGAAGCACUGAAGUUAUAUUAUAGAGUUCUGGAAGCAAUGUGCAGAGCAGAGUCUCAGAUGCUGCAUGUGACUAAUUUGACCUCUUUGCUGACUAAUGAGAGGUUCCACAGAUGUAUGCUGGCUUGUUCUGCCGAAUUGGUUUUGGCAACUCAUAAAACUGUUACAAUGUUGUUCCCUGCAGUAUUGGAAAGAACUGGCAUAACAGCUUUUGACCUUAGUAAGGUGAUAGAAAGUUUCAUUAGACAUGAAGAAUCGCUACCUAGAGAAUUGAGGCGACAUCUUAAUUCUUUGGAAGAACGGCUAUUAGAGAGCAUGGUAUGGGAAAAAGGUUCAUCAAUGUAUAACUCCCUGAUUGUUGCUAAACCUGCCCUUGCUGCCGAAAUUAAUCGUCUGGGUUUAUUAGCUGAACCCAUGCCGUCUUUGGAUGCCAUUGCUGUUCAAAUUAACUUUUCUGGUAUUGGUGUAUCAACCAUGCCUAAUUUGCAAAAGCAUGAGAGUUUGCCGGGUCAGAAUGGGGAUAUAAGGUCACCCAAAAGAUUGUGCACAGAUUUAAGAAGUGUGCUAGUGGAGCGGAAUUCCUUUACUUCUCCAGUAAAGGACCGACUCGUGGCUUUCAGUAGUAUUAAGUCCAAGCUUCUGCCACCUCCUUUACAGUCGGCAUUUGCAAGUCCUACUCGGCCUAAUCCUGGAGGUGGUGGAGAAACGUGUGCUGAAACUGGAAUUAACAUUUUCUUUAGCAAGAUCAUCAAGUUGGCUGCCGUAAGAGUCAACGGUAUGGUGGAAAGGUUGCAGUUAUCUCAUCAGAUCAGGGAGAAUGUCUACUGCCUUUUCCAACAGAUACUCAGUCAGAAGACACCACUAUUAUUUAAUCGUCACAUCGACCAGAUCAUCCUUUGUUGUUUCUAUGGUGUUGCAAAGAUAUCUCAAUUGAGCCUCACGUUUAGGGAAAUCAUAUACAACUACAGGAAGCAACCACAAUGUAAACCACAAGUCUUCCGCAAUGUGUUUGUUGACUGGUCUUCAGCACGUCGUAAUGGGAAAUCAGGACAGGAUCAUGUGGAUAUAAUUACCUUCUACAAUGAAAUAUUUAUUCCUUCUGUAAAACCUUUGCUUGUUGAGAUUGGCCCGGCUGGAUCAACCAUGAAAACUGAUAGGGUUCCUCAAGUCAACAACAACAGCGACGCACCGUGUCCUGGAUCACCCAAGAUAUCUCCUUUUCCAAGUCUUCCCGAUAUGUCUCCAAAGAAAGUAUCUUCAGCACAUAAUGUCUAUGUCUCUCCAUUAAGAUCAUCGAAGAUGGAUGCAUUGAUUUCACAUAGCUCAAAAAGCUACUAUGCUUGCGUCGGAGAAAGCACCCAUGCGUUUCAAAGCCCUUCGAAAGACCUUACUGCCAUAAACAACCGUUUGAAUGGUACGCGGAAACUCCGAGGCACACUAAAUUUUGACGACGCGGACGUUGGUUUAGUCAGUGAUUCCCUGGUGGCUAACAGCCUUUACCUACAAAAUGGAAGUUGUGGAUCAUCUUCAGGUGCACCUAUUAAAUCUGAACAACCUGAUUUUUAAUUUACAAUUUCCCAAACUCUGGUACAUAUAUCUAAAUAUAUAUUCUCUCUCUCUCUCUCUGCCUCUAAAGUUGUAUUACCACGGGGGUAUUGUAUUGAGCGGUGAAUUAUUGUGUAGAAUAGCCGCCACCACUCCCCUUGUCUUAGGCAUCCAUCUGAAAUUUGUAGUUGGCUAUAAUUAAUUAGUUUAGUUCAAUUUCAGAUGUGUUCAAUUUAAGUAAUUUAAUUUAUUGCAGCUGUGAUAGUUUAUUACGAGUUGCUAGCAAA